AUGAAGCAAGUCCACCUCCUCCCAGCUACCCUGGCUACUGCAUGCCUGGUUUAUUCCAGUGUUGUACAAGGUGAGGGUCACCCGAGCGUGAACUGCUAUACGAGUCGAAAGUAUGAGCAGUUAAACACCACGGAUUGUCUAAGAGCACUGGAAACCAUUGUCUGGGACGAAAAUCUGAACUUAGACACCAUAUCGAAUCCUUUCACUGUGGGCUACGCAGACUGCAUGAUCAAAAUCGAAAAACCCAAACGUCAAAAGCCAAAAAGAGAUCACGUCCUAGACAUUGUCGCUGACGUAAUAAAGAGCUGCCCCUCAAGAGGCGGCUUAUCCGGCUACAGCCAUGGCAUGAGUGCGCAAGUAUUCCCUUCUUCAGCGGGAGACCUGAGCGACUUGAACAUACCAGUUUGCUCGGCACGCCGCUGUCAAUACGAAGCCCGUGAUUGCUCAAGCGCACUUGAUUUGGUCGGACCAGACGCGGACAGAGUCUAUCUUUCACCUUCAAGUUUCACCAGCGGCAACUGCACUAUCACAUUAGCAACCAAUGAUGAUUCUCCUUUUGCCGUAUCUUCCUCUUUCUUGAGACCGACGUACGACAAGUUGGUCAAACGUUGCGACUCUGAUCCUGGAUGGGUGUACAUCAGCGCUGGUAAUACUGGAAGGAUUGAUGGGAUGAGAUUGUCGACUCAGGGCAGCCAAUGUCCAUGA